AUGAACUUGGAGGUGUCUGUGAUGCAGACGGAUCACGUGCCCCUCAAAGUGCUGGCGGACUAUUGUGUUGCUGCCAAGAAGCCAGGAUUCACGUCUGAACCCAAACAAGAGUUUAUAAAGAACCAUGGCUGUCUGGGUGGCCGAUACAGCCGGUCCAGGUUCAUGUCGCAGUCCCGGCCUGAGACGCUGCAGUUUCAGGUCGAAGCCUCCAGCUUUCAUCCACUCGGCCUGCUUUUCAUUUCCUGUUAUGUGAAAGCCAUCCCUGCUUCCUCUCCAAACACCAUUGAGGACAAAGCGUGCUCCUUCACUGAGGGCCGAUGGAGGGCUGUUCGUGGAAACGACCAGUUCUGUAGCUGCUGUGGCUCCACCUGUGGAAUGAGGAAGGCUCGAGACGUGGAUUCGGAUGUGAAGUGGGACGCUGAGCUGGUUGUGGGCCCUCUGAUUAUCCAAUAA